GCGAGUGGGGGCGGGGCUGGUAGCCACGUGCUGCAGGGGUGACCGGAUUAAUGGCUGAUCGAGUGCUUGUGAUUGGCAAUGGAAGCAGGGAGCAUGCUUUGGCCUGGAAAUUAGCACAGUCUCCACAUGUAAAACAAGUGCUUGUUGCUCCAGGAAAUGCAGGAACAGCUGGAGAUGGGAAAAUUUCCAAUUCAGCUGUGUUAGUUAGUAACCAAGCAAUCCUUGCCCAGUUCUGCAAAGAUCAUAACAUUGGACUUGUGAUAGUGGGACAAGAGGAUCUUUUGGCAACUGGAAUUGUCGAUUACUUGAUGUCAGGUGGAGUGAGAUGCUUUGGACCCACAGCAAAGGCAGCUCAGUUAGAGACCAGUCUAGGCUUUUCCAAAGCCUUUCUGGAUCGGCAUGGGAUCCCAGCAGCAAGAUGGAAAGCCUUCACCAAUCCUCAGGAAGCAUAUAGGUUUGUUAACAGCACAGACUUUCCUGCACUGGUUGUAAAGGCUGGUGGCCCAGCUGCUAGAAAAGAGGUAAUUAUUGCAGCCAGCAAAGAGGAAGCGUGUGAAGCUGUGCAAAAGAUGAUGCAGGAAAACAUGUUUGGGGAGUCUGGAGAGAUGGUUGUCGUUGAGGAACUUCUUAAAGGGGAAGAACUUUCUUGCUUGUGCUUCACUGAUGGAGUCACGGUUGCCCCCAUGCCACUGGCCCAGGUCCACAGAUAUCUGAUGGAUGGAGACAGAGGUCCAAACACUGAGGGGUUGGGAGCUUUCUGUCCUGCACCUCAGGUUCCAGAAGCUCUUCUACAGAAAAUCAAAGAUGCUAUCUUUCAACCCAUUGUUGAUAGUAUGAGACAAGAAGGAACACCGUAUAUAGGUGUGCUGCAAACAAGAUUAAUGCUGACCAAAGAUGGUGUGAAAGUAUUAAACUUUAAGUGUCACUUUGGUGACCCUGAGUGCCAGGUAAUUCUUCCACUGCUAAAAAAUGACUUUUAUGAAGUGAUUGAAGCAAUAAUUGAAGGCAAACUCUGCAGCCUCAUGCCAGUGUGGUCAGAAAACAGUACUGCUGUGUCUGUGGUUAUGAUAAGUAAAGGAUACCCAGGAGACUAUGCUAAUGGCAUGGAAAUAACAGGUCUUCUUCAGGCGAAAGAGCUGGGAGUGGAGGUGUUCCAUUCAGGCACAACAGUGAAAGACGGCAAAGUGGUGACGAAUGGUGGAAGAGUCCUUACCGUAACAGCUGUCAAGGAGGAUUUGAUGUCAGCACUAGAAGAAGCCAACGAAGGAGUGGCAGCCAUACAGUUCCAUGGUGCCAUUUAUUGGAAGGAUGUUGGUUACCCAAUUUUAGGAUUUCUCACACAGUCUGUAGGCCCAGUAUGCAAAGGAAGAAGCAUGGAAACUUUGACCAGCAAUAUUUUGAUUGAUCACUGUGAACAACCAACUGAAAGUAAUACCAUAUCAGGCAGCCAUUCAGAGUUGGAAGGCUUUGCUGGUCUGUUUGACUUGAGAGCGUCUGGAUAUGAUGAUCCUAUUUUAGUGUCUCGAACUAAAGGCCUUGGAACUAAAUUGCAGAUUGCACAGGUGUGUAAGAAACACAAUACCGUUGGUCAGGACUUGGUUGCUAUGUGCAUCAAUGACAUCCUGGCCCAGGGAGCAGAGCCCCUCUUCUUCCUUGACUACUUUGCCUACAGUAAACUUGACGCUGAAGUGACCCAGGUCAUCAAAGAAGGAAUAGCUGAUGCUUGUAGAAGAGCAGGAUGUAUCCUUUUGGGGACAGAGAUUGCCAAAAUGCCUGGCAUGUAUUCACUCAGCGAGUACGACCUUGCUGGCUUUGUAGUUGGUGCAGUGGAACGAAGAGAGAUGCUCCUGCAGCUGGAGAGAAUUGCUGAUGGGGAUGUAGUUAUUGGACUAGCUUCUUCUGGGAUUCACAGCAGUGGGUUUAACCUUGUAAGGAAGAUUCUCUUAAUGUCCUCUCUACACUACACUGCUCCAGUACCUGGUGGAUGUGGUGACCAGACUUUAGGAGAGCUGUUGCUAACCCCAGUAAAUAUGUACAGCAAGUCUCUGCUGCCAGUCUUUCGUUCAGGGUGUGUGAAAUCCUGUGCCAUUAUUGCUGAAGGAGGCUUGAUGAAAAGCAUCCCAAGAAUCCUUCCUGAAUCAUGUGGUGUUGUUUUGGAUGCUUAUAGCUGGAAGAUACCCCAAAUCUUUUCCUGGCUCCAUAAUGAGGGGAACCUCUCAGAAGAAGAGAUGGCCCAGGCAUUUAAUUGUGGGAUUGGUGCUGUCUUGGUGGUACAGAAGGAGUUGGCUAAGCAGGUUCUGAUGGACAUACAGAGACAUGAAGAAGCGUGGGUGAUAGGGAACAUUGUCCCUAUGCACACAGGAUCUGCUCCUGUGAAAGUCAAGAAUCUCCUGAAAGCCUUGCAGUUGCAUGGAUCCCAGUGUCAGCAAAAUGCUGCUCUCUUGGACAGUCACCUCCAGCCCAGAAAGAGCAAAGUGAAAGUAGCUGUUCUCAUCUCUGGAGCAGGUACCAGCCUUGCAGCACUUAUUGCUUAUACAAAAGAAUCAGCAAGCUGUGCCCAAGUGGCCCUUGUCAUUUCCAACAAGCCUGGGGUGGAAGAACUGAGGAAUGCAGCCAGGGCAGGGAUUCCCACCAGGGUGAUUGACCAUAAAUUGUAUGGCAGCCGCUCUGAAUUUGACGGCACAAUCGACAGAGUCCUUGAAGAAUUCUCUGUUGAACUGAUCUGCCUGGCAGGAUUUAUGAGAAUUUUGUCCAGCACCUUCCUCAGAAAGUGGAGUGGAAAAAUUUUGAAUGUUUAUCCAUCUCUUUCGCCACCAGUGAAAGGGGGAAAUGCCUAUAAGCCAGUGCUACAACCAGGCCUCAAAGUGACUGGCUGUACAGUGCAUUUUGUACUGGAGGAGUCCAGUGCAGGAGCAGUAAUUCACCAGGAGCUCAUUCCUGUGAAGGUGGAUGACACGGAGGAGACCUUGUCUGAAAGGCUGAGGGAAGCAGAGUGCCGAGCCUUUCCCAUUGCCCUGCAGCUGGUGGCCAAGGGAACAGUGCAGCUAGGAGCAGAUGGGAAAACCUGCUGCAAACCAGAAGGCCAACAGCUGAUUCAUCAAGGUACAUCAGAGGCCUCCUUGAACUGAAACUAGUGAGCUGUGUGUAUAUCCAUGAAACUUCUGAUCCUGUUGAGCCUACAGCCUCUGUUUGGGAGGGUGAGACGGGCAUUUAGGUCGUUCCAUCACUGUCUCAGGUGGAGUGGAGGGAGCCACUCACUUCUCCUGAGGGCCUGGCAGCUCCUGGCUGGUUGGGCUCAAGAGCUCCUCUUUUUCCCUCUUACACAAAGGGGAGAAGGCUUCGAACGGGGAAGCCAGGCUCAUAUAGCCAAACUCCCUCCCUUCCUUUGCCAAAUGCACGGGUGACAGCAGGCUUCCCAUGUUUAUCCCAACAGACACAGGCAACAGCAGGCUGGAAGCUGGGGCCCCUGCCUUGCAUGACAGCCAAAAAAAAGUAUGAAGGCCACAGCCUGGAGCAGCAGCUGGGUCUAGCCAGUGUCUUCCAAGGCAUGGGUAAGUGGAGCCAAGGCCAGGGUCUACUUUCCUGGAACUGCCCUUGUGCAAUAAGAGGCAGUGUUGAGGAGAUGUCAGCACUCCUUGGCUGAUUGUUCAGUGGUGUCAAGGUCAAGGCCCUGCAUUUUAAGACUACCAUGUCCCUAGGGAAGCUGCUUCCACCCUGCCCUGUGCCAUGUUGGAAUGAAACCAAUAAGCAUAUUCCUCACAGUAUGUUCUCAGCUCUGCAAUUGCAGAUUCUUUGCUGCAGCAGUGUCAGAACCUAAAUCACCCUCUCAGGGUACAUGCCUCUAUUUUCAGCUACAUCUUAGAAAGGGGGAAUUUACUGUGUAGAUGCACACAUACAGCUGCAGUUUGUUUAUUUAUUUUUUACAUCUUGCUUCCUUUAAGAAAGUAAUGCAUUGGCUUCUGAGGGAAACUGUUAAAGGAUAAGUUGUCGGCUGCUUUUGAUUGUUCCAUCUGAUUCCAGAAAACCAUAGGCUUCCCAAGUAUGCACACAAUGUACACACAGAAGCAGGAGCCAUGGUACAAGAACUGGAUGGCAAGGUGCUUCUGUUGGGCAGGCCUGGCUCAGGAGGUGAGAAUAAGGGAUGAGUGGAAAUGCAAAUAUAAUCAAAGGGAAUAGGAGUCUUGCUGAACAUUAUUCCUUAACAUCACCCUAGUUAGAGGUUGCCUCAUGUUUGCCUCCUCCAUGGUGGACGUUUUGCUACACAUGAUGGGGAGGGAACAAGGUUUCUGUUGCCUAGAAGGCAUAAAGUUUUCUUGAUCAAUUGUGAAUUCUUUCUGCCUAUGACAAGGUAGCCCAAUACUGGUCGCAUCAGUAUCACUUGUUACACUUCUAGCUCUAGUGCCCCAGGGUGCUGGUUCUAAUAGCCCCCUUCUAGGGUCCUGCACUCAAAUAGUUAAAAAUGCAGUUAAACAUGUUCUUAAAUGCUUGAAAAUGCUUCAUGGAAAACUGUGGUUUUUGCAUCAAAGUUAUCUCUUAAAUAAGGUCCUUGAGCCAGCUGCCACACUGUAGUGGGUAGCAGAGCCCAGAGGCGACUAAUAGGCUUUUGAAAGGGGAAAUUAAAGAAGAGAAUCAGGCCACCCUCACCUGGCUUGAAUUCUCAGGGACAGGGGUUAUUCCCUUGAUCUUUCCCUUGUUCUGUUGCAGAAUUUUUUAAGGAUUAUUCAAAAGAUCAUCCAACUUCUUGAAAGGGAAAGAGGGUGUCCAAAGAUAGUGCAGCAUCCAUUGUGAAAACCUUUUGGAUCUUGGUAAGGAAGCAAAGAAGAGCUGGAAGUGCAUUUCCUGGGUUUCUUGCUAGGAAAGAACAGAUAAUUCACAAAUAGGAGGUAGCCUAGUUGACUUGCAAUGGCAAAGAAAAUCUCCAUGUUCUUCGAUAGCGACCCAGAAACAAGUUUGGCAGUGAGAUGUUUUUUAUAAAAGGCCUUU